CCCAUGCCACUCCUCCCAGAGGAGGAAGAUGUUUGAGGACAGAUGCUUGAGGACUGUUUAUUUUGUCCCACACUACCCCCACUUUAAAGAGCCCGAGACCGCAUGGGAGUGUUUCAGGUGGAAUUCUUCGGUAAAGCUUAGGGAAAUGAAGAGGGUUCUCAGGGAGGAGCUCCGAAACACAACGUUCCACAGCCUGGCAACAAAGCAAAUUCAUCGAAGUGAUGACAGGCCCCGGGGAGAAUGAUGCUUUAUUUGGGCUGGUUAUUUCUUUGGCUUGUCACAGGAGAGAGAAUUAAAGAAAUGACUACUUCAGAUUGCUUCACCAAGAACCUGCUUUGGGAAUAUUCCUCAACGAGGGAGCAAUUUAUCUUAUUUUGUAACUUAACAGAGUCACAGACAUGCCACUCAUCCCACAGAAGUCAACUCUCACCAACCCAAGGUUCUGAAAACUUGCCCUGGAGUGGUUACAAGGACCUAUCUGAUGUCCAGUGGUAUCUACAACCUCAAAAUGGAGAUUCACCAUGGGAAAUAAUGAACAACUCUGCUCACAUCAUUGAAAAGGGCAUCCUACACUUUUUGACCACGGAAAUACAUAAUCCUGGAUCAUAUAUCUGUAGGCCCAGGAUUAGGAGCCCUUGUUGUGUCAAGAUCAUCUUAGAAGUUAAGCCCAAGACAAAACUACCCUGUAUACCACAAAACUCUGUAUCACAUGAGCAAUACCUUCUUCUUGGUAGCACUGCCCGUAUUCAUUGUCCUAGCCUCAACUGCCAAAGUGACGCACAAAGUCCUGAGGUGACCUGGUACCAGAAUGGAAAGCUACUCCCUGAAGAAAGGAGCAACUCAAUCCUGGUGGAUGAAGUUUACGAAGAACAGGAAGGCACAUAUGUAUGUGAUUACACGGAGUCGGUUAACACAAGUUCACGAACAGUCAGAGCUGUUGUUCAAGUGACAACCAUCGUGAAAGACACUAGUCACAAACCAGAUAUUCUGGAUCCCAUCAAGGACACGCUGGAAGUAGAACUUGGAAAGCCUUUAACUCUUAACUGCACGGCACGAUUUGGCUACCAAAAGGACUUUAUGCCUGUAAUAAAAUGGUACAUUAAAGAUUCUGACCGGGAGUGGGAAGUCCCAACAUCUGAGGAGAUCAGUGUAAAAUCUACCAAAAAGGAUAAAGUCAUUGCCCGCGUUAUCCACUUCAAAGAAGUUACCCAGAGGGAGCUUCGCAGGAAGCUUAUUUGCUUUGCCCAGAACUCCCUCGGGAACACUACCCAGUCCCUCCAACUGAAAGAAAAGCAAGCAGAUAAAAAGGUAUUUGAUGCUUUUGUAUCUUAUGCAAAAUGGAGCUCUUUUGGGAGUGAGGUCACUUCCUCUCUGAGCGAGGAAUACCUGGCUCUGAAUCUGUUCCCUGAAGUUCUGGAAAACAAAUAUGGAUACAAUUUGUGUUUGCUGGAAAGAGAUGUGGCCCCAGGAGGAGUGUAUGCGGAAGACAUUGUGAACGUGAUUAAGAAAAGUAGAAGAGGAAUAUUUAUCUUGAGCCCCAGCUAUGUCAGUGGACCCAGUGUCUUUGAACUACAAGCCGCAGUGAAUCUGGCCUUGGAUGAUCAAACACUGAAACUAAUUUUAAUUAAGUUCUGUUCUUUCCAAGAGCCAGAGUCUCUACCUCAUCUUGUGAAAAGAGCUCUCCGCGUUUUGCCCACAGUCACUUGGAGAAACUUAAAAUCAGUCCCUCCCAAUUCCAGGUUCUGGACUCAGAUACGCUACCAUAUGCCAGUGAAAAACUCAGAAGGAUUCAGGUGGAACCAUCUUAGAAGUAUCCCUGAAUUUUUUCACUGGAAAUGACUCAGUGAAACAGAAACCACUGGGAGGAGCUCACAGCCUAGGAAAUGGUGAAGCAGACCUUGAGCCAUCUCCUCCCGGUCUCUGGUGAGUAGAGAUGUGGAUGGACAGAACACUCAUGGACAGAACACACAGCACGGAUCAGCUCAUAGAAGAUGGGAAGUGUUUUGUGACUCUGAGCAAGCGUGGCAGGCCUGGGAAUAACCCUGAAGCUCUGGAUAGUGCCUCCGAUAGGCUCUGGACAGAGGGCGAGUACAUUCUCCAGAUGCUUGCACAAAUUCAGCACACAUGCCCCUCAGACUUUCCAAGCGGUCUGAGCUGAAUUGACAGAUAUAGUCACUUUUGCUUUGUGUUUAUCGGCUACCAGGCCUGCUAUUUGUCAUAUAUAUAUAUAUAUAUAUAUAUAUAUAUAUAUAUAUAUAUAUAUUUAUAUCUAUUUGGAAUCAAAUAAAUAUUAUUUUAUUCGAAGUAACUGAUUUAAACUUUGCCUAAAGCUUUUCUGUUAAAAAAAAAAAAAGUCCUUACUCCACAUUCACCUACUGACUCUGGAGCAUAGAAAGUAAGUGGGAAAGGCAGAAACCGGGGGGUGGGGGGACAGGUGCAGAUGGGGCCACCAUCAGUUACUACUCUGUCCUUGAGGGAAGCGCGCCCUCUGAGCAGAGGAAAUAGAGGAAGGAGCGCUUCCUGUGAUGGGCAAGGGGGGUAGUCUUAUGCUGGACACAAGGCCAGGGGAGCAGCUGCUCCUUGUCCCGCUGGCCAUUGGGCAAGGCAUGAAGAACACCACCUUACUCCGGUCCACUGGAAAUGGAGACCAAGCAGGUCAUCAUGACUGGGCCAAUGAGGAGACAAGGAACAGCUUAGCACUUACAAGGUAGAAAGGCAAUGACAAGAGUUAGCAGCCAAGGUACAAGUCUGAGAAGUGUAUACUUUGUUUAAAAGACAACAAGGAUGGAGCUUGGAUAGAGCUUUGGUCUGAGCCGCUUGCCAUUGAGGCUGCAUUCCUUGCAUGUGCUUCCUGACCUACUGAUCUCAGCUGAGUCCUGAGUAACAGGGCAAUAUGCCAGUAGUUUUCCUGACCGCCAAGGCGGAUCUCAUUCUCGUAAAUUCAUUUUCCUUAGGAGAUUUCAAACUAUAGUCACAACAGUGUUCUGCUCCCAGAGGACUAUAAAAUCUUCACCCUCUGCCAUCCCUGUCUGAAUGGAAUGAUUCGUCUGAGCAAUGAAGACAAGCAACUUCUGGGCUCAUUCAAAUGUAAUGUGUCACAUUCCCUGGUCCGAACGCCAGCCAAGUUCAGAAUGGUGAAAAGGCAUCAUUGUCUGGCUACUGCUUGGAGCCUGUAUGAAAUGCUUUUGAGUGGUUUUUCCACAGAGGCUCCCACAUCAGAAAAACCACUGCGGCUUUGGCAUCAAGCGACAUCCUUGUUGGGAAUUUCAGUGAUGAAGUUAAAGAUGAGUUAAAAGGUAUAAAUUAUUCCUGGAGGAAGUUUCUUGUGGGAAGGCUCAUUGUAGGGUCUCAGUGGGGAAAGUAUCCACACUGUCAUUGUGCCCUUGUGCUAUGGUGAUGGCCAGCAUCCCUGCUUUCCCUGCCAGCUGCUCACUGAGCUCUAAGACUCAGAAACCUCUUUGGGCCAGUUGACCCAGGUUUAUUUUAUUUGAAAAUAAAUUUUGCUAAAACUUAUCAA